UUGCUCAACACCGCCCUUUUCAAGUUCAGUUACAGUUGCCACUUGUUGUGUUUCCCUCACCAUUACUACCUCCGGUUCCCUUUCUACCUUCGGCUCUCAUCUCCGACGGCAAUUCGCAAUUCGCAAUUCGCACAUUCAUUCGGCCAGUGACAAAUUCCAUUGCAGCAGACAAAUUCAUUCGGCCCGUGACAAAUUCAUUCGGCCCGUGACGAAUUCGCAAUUUCAAUCUACCUAGCAACCGUUUUGGGAGAAAUCGACUACUACAAUCGCCUUUGUUACCAGCAAUUUACAGGGUGGCUGCUUCUUUUCAAGAAGCAUGGCUGCUCAAGACUGCAACGAGAACAUUCAAGGAAGUCAUAGGACAAGGAGGGUUUGGUGCUGUUUACAAGGAUAUUCUGGCAGAUGAGAGAGUAGUUGCGGCGAAGAAACUUGGAGAUGUUGUUCAAGGAGAGGAAGAAUUUUGGGCAGAAGUGAGCACAAUUGGUAAAAUCAACCAUAUGAAUCUAGCUAGAAUGUGGGGUUUUUGUUCCGAUAGAGAGCAUAAUUAUUUCUGUAUUCAAGUUGCUUUGGACCAUAAUUACUCACACCACUGCUUGAAUCAAUCCUUGCAAUAAAAAAUUCAUACCAUGACCAACAUCAUUUAGAGAAGAUUAUGCCGAUCACAAAUCACAUGGAUUCAGGAGCAGAUUAUGCCAAUCACAAAUCACAUGGAUUAACUUGACAUAGUUAAUUUUUAGGAACACACUCAGGAAACUAUUCAACCUUAUGGCUUGUUAUUUUACUUGUAAUAUUAGUUAUAAAUUUUUUGAGGACGAUCAACCUGCAAAAAGCAACUUCAUGGCAGCAGAUUCUUCAGGCUUCAGAGAUUUUGAGGCUUCAGAAUUAGAUGAUGAAUUUGGAAAUGAUCUAUAUGCAACAAUCCCUGAGAUGACAACAGGACAAUCAAGCAAUAUUGCAGGACUCUGCUCCUGCUAGCAAAGUGGAUGAAGACAGCAAAAUUAAAGCUUUUAUUGAAAAUUCUGGUUUUAACUGGCAGCGUCAAUCUUUUUAUGGUUUUGGCCCUGGGAGAGGAUUCGGAAGAGGCGGAAGGGGUGGUCGAGGUUUUGGUCGAGGUGGUUUGGAGCGGAAAACACCUCCGCAAGGCUACAUUUGUCAUAGGUGCAAGGUUCCUGGUUGCUGCUGACAUUCCUUCACUGAGGAAGGAGUUGGAGGUGUCUGAAAGAAAAAUAGGGAACUUGAAUAAAUCCUUCCAUGCUUACAGCAAGGUCAUGAAAGAACUAACCUGCAUUGAGAUAAUUGUUCCUGUCAAGAAUCUUCUCAGGAAGAGGGUGGCUUGUCGAUCACUGCAAUCAGAAUUUCAGGCUGGGCAAGAAUCCUUCAGAUCUAUCAUUAGAUGAUACUACAGAGGAGCAGCUGGGGCACUUCUUCUUUAUGAUAUAACAAGAUUCUCGGACCUGAUAGCGGUUGGCAACCAAUUCCUCUGACAGAAGUUAUAACUGCUGCUGCUGUGAAAAAAGCUUACAGGAAGGCUACAGUUGAGACGACUAGUUAUUCCUGAUAAGUACUAUCAAGGCAUUGGCCCAAACUAUUCUCAGGAGAAGAUUGAUGAACUCAGGGAGUUGUGGAUUACAUAUGUCGGAGAUUAACACGAAGCACAUAUGAUGAAUGAGUUAUAACUUUCCGCCUAAUUUUUUUUAACCUUAAUCCACUUUUGGACAUACAUUAUAUUUUGGAUUUGGAUAUUGAUAUCAUGUGGAUGUGGCUAUAUAUAGGAUAGAUUUGAUCUUGUUUAUGAUUUAGAUUAAUAUUGAUAUGUAUAUAUAGUAGUUUUUUUUAGAAGUUUAGAUUUAUGAAUAUUAGUUGAAUUAUUUUAUAA